UUCAUAUACUACCCCGAUUUUUGCUAAAAAAAACAGACCGAACGCCUUCGAGUUAUUAGCUCGUUGUUAUUAGUUCAAGUAAUGGACAUGGCUUUAUCUAUGGAUAAAAUUGUUAUAUCCAAUGAAGAGGAAAAUUCAAUGAUGAAGGCUAUGCAUCUUCCUACUGGUUUAUUCCUUAACAUGGUUUUGAAAGCUGCCAUUGAACUUGGCUUGUUUGAGAUCAUAGCAAAAGCAAAUAGUGAAUUAUCUUCCUAUGAUAUUGCAUCUCAACUUCCCGCAAAAAACCCUAAUGCCCCACUUAUUCUUGAAAGGAUUCUAAGGUUUCUUGCUAGCCAAUCUUUUCUCACUUCCAACAUUUCCAAGGAUGAUGAUGGACACAUUCACUCAUCAUACAAUUUGACACCUUUGGGCAAAAGCUUCAUCUCCGAUAAAGACGGAUCAUCUUUUGCUCCUUUUUUACUACUGAUGACUGAUCCAGUAGCUGUUAAUUCCUGGUUUCAUUUGAAAGUUGCAAUUCUAGAGGGUGAAAUACCAUUCAACAAGGCUCAUGGAAUGCAUGCAUUUGAAUACCAUGGAAAAGAUAGUAGAUUGAAUAUGGUGUUCAAUAAAGCUAUGCAAAACAUCUCUUCCAUUGAAAUGAAGAGAAUUCUUGAGUCUUACACUGGCUUCCAAGGGGUAAAAGAGGUAAUAGAUGUGGGAGGUGGACUUGGGGUAUCAUUAGCUUCUAUAAUUUCCAAGUAUCCUAACAUCAAAGGUAUUAAUUUUGACCUACCCCAUGUCAUCAAAGAUGCUCCUAUCUAUGCAGGCAUAGAGCAUGUUGGAGGAGAUAUGUUUAAGAGCAUUCCUAAAGGGGAGGUAAUCAUUCUGAAGGCGAUACUUCAUGAUUGGGAUGAUGAUCAUUGCCUGAAAAUAUUGAAGAAUUGUUGGGAAGCUUUGCCAGAAAAUGGGAAGGUUGUGGUAAUAGAACAAAUACAGCCAGAAUAUCCAGAGAAUAAUCUUCUUUCUAAGCAUUCAUUUAGUACUGAUAUGUUAAUGAUUACUAUGCUUAAUGGAGCGAAGGAAAGAACAAAGCAAGAAUUUGAAGCUUUAGCAAAGGAAGCUGGAUUUUCUUCUCCCAAAAUUGCAUGUCGUGCAUAUUAUUGUUGGGUCAUGGAAUUGUACAAAUGUUAGCUAUUAUAUUUAGUAAUUGCUUUAAAAUUUCUGUUGUAAUUAAUAAGUCAUGAUACAACAAAACGUUGGUUUAUGUAUUUGCUUGUAGUAUUAUCCAAAUAUUUGGUUGAUAUUUGAUGUUAAAAGUGUAACAUGUUUUUCCAUGAAGUUCCUAAUUGAAUAAAGGGAAUCCUAAUAUCUUGGAUUU